GCCCUCUCAAAUACUUCCAAUGCUAGCCCAGGUAGAUAAAUCUAACAUUCUGAAUGCAUAGUGGUGAGUGCCCCUUUCCACACCCCCUUCCCAUUUCACUGAUCAGUCUUUGCAUAUGUCUCAGUUAACAUUUAGAACAGGUAGGAUAAUAGGGGGAAAAAGCUACAAAACUGUAAUAAUAAGUGAUCUUUAAAUGUCAUCACUGCUGGUCAAAUACCACUUACCAUGAUAUUCAAAUAAAGCUUUGAUUUUCCUCUGAGGAAAACCCUAUGAGAAAUGUCCUUUUUUUUUUUUUUUUUUUUGCAUAGGUUCUUACCCAAUGUAUAUCCUGGGAGGCCGGGAUCUGUUUUAAUUCUAUCUGGGCCCAGGCCUGACUUUAGAACCUUGAUUGAGCAUAACUUCUGCCAACCAGCUCAAAUUUUCUUUUUAGACUGUGAUGAUGUCCUGCAAAUACACCCUUCAGGUGCCCCAAGUGGUCUUUUCAGUAUCAAGCCAGCAGGAUCCAGUACGUUUGUUUCUGUUUACUGUGACCAAGAGACCAGUUUGGGAGGAUGGCUUUUGAUCCAACAGAGAAGUGAUGGAUCAUUGAAUUUUAACCGGACAUGGCAAGACUACAAGAGAGGUUUCGGCAAGGUCAAUGGCAAAGGGGAAGGAGAAUUCUGGCUAGGUAAUGAAUACCUCCACUUGCUCACUCAGAAGGAGUCCAUCCUCCGGAUAGAACUGGAGGACUGGGAUGGGAAUGAAGUAUAUGCUGAGUAUAACGUUCAUGUCGGAUCCGAGGCAGAAGGGUACAUCCUACGAAUUUCCUCCUAUGGCGGAACUGCUGGGGAUGCCCUGAUCGAAGGUUCUGUGGAGGAAGGAACUGAGUACACAUCUCAUGCCAACAUGCAAUUCAGCACCUUCGAUCAGGACAAUGACCAGUGGGAGGAGAAUUGUGCUGAAAUGUAUGGAGGUGGCUGGUGGUACAACAACUGCCAGGGGGCCAAUCUAAAUGGUAUUUACUAUCCUGGGGGGUCUUAUGACCCAAGAGACAACAGUCCUUAUGAGAUUGAGAAUGGAGUAGUCUGGAUCCCCUUCCGAGGUUCCGACUAUUCCCUCAGGACUGUUCGCAUGAAAAUCAGGCCUCUAGAGACCCAGUGGCCAGAAUAGAAGGAAAAAAAAAGACUGUUUUGAUCUGUUGGCUUGUGUUGUGAAGUUGAAAAAGAAGAAGGCAGAUGGAGGAGUUAAGGGGAAUAGGUCUUUAUGAGUCCCAACACACCCCAGGUGCUAUUUGAUUUCCCUUUGUACUGUAGCUAAAUGCAACUGAGAUAUAUUUGUACUUCUAAAAAUAAAUUUCUAUGACUUUUUCAUCUCUAAAAUAA